AUGUCCAUGUUCCGCAGGCCAGGCGAUUCAUCGUCAAGUUCAGACAGCUCCGAAGAAGAAAGCGAGUAUGAAGAAACAAGCAACCCGCAGCAGGAUAGUGUUCUGUCCAGGAUCAACACGCUGGAUUCUGCUUCCUCGGGCCAGCCUAUUCAGCCCCAUCGACCCUCUCUAGAUCCACGGCAAAGCUCAGCACAGAAUGUUCGAGAUCUUUUGCUGCAUUCGCUGCUGGAGGAACGGACUAUCCGCGAAGUUGCGGCACAGCUAGGCAAAGACCCAUCUGAUCCUGAAGCGCAGAGAUUGGGCAGGGCUUCAUACAAGGAAAUUGCCCGUCAGAUUUCCAACAAUGUCGACGACGCUUAUGCCAGCGAUGAAAUGCAAAGCCAUCGGAGCACGGCAAACGAGGGCAUCAACAGGCUCACCCGAAGCAAUCUGAGCAAGCUUGCGGUUAUCCCAGAAGUAUCCUCACAGGCUUUGGUUGCACGAGCAGGGAACGGAGUGCCUCAACAGCCGUCUUUGGGGUUCGAUAUCUUGUCUGGAAUAUCGGGCCCAGUUCAGCUUCAACUACGGGGCUAUCCUCAUCUGCAGACGGAUCGGUAUAUUCGAGAGUUUUCCGAGUUGGAGGUUGUUGGAAAAGGAGGAUAUGGCAAGGUGUUCAAAGCCAAACACAAGCUCGAUGGGUCAUUCUAUGCCGUCAAGAGGAUCCCUGUGAGCGCUGCCAAGGUGGCCAGAAUCCAAGAGCACGGGCCCGAGGAGUUGGAAAGCAUGCUGGAGGAAGUUCGCUCACUGGCUCGAUUCGACCACAACAAUAUCGUUCGGUACCACAAUGCCUGGUUGGAGUUUACCACAUUGCCUGCCGAAACUGCGAAUGUACCGGAUAUAGCGGUGCUUCGAGACGAUCGUCUCCUGGAAGAUCGGGCUGCGUUUCCGACCUCGUCUAUGGGCACCAAUGAUCUCCAUUCCAAGCUGGACAGCCUGAGUUUCGACGACCCUCUCAUUAGGACUGAGAACAGUAAUAGUGCUGGGAUCAUCUUUGAGUUUAGCGAACCCGGAGUGGGGGCGCAAGAGGCUCCGACUGAAAGUGGUAGUAUUUGUAUUAAGGAAACAAUUACACAAAUUAGACGGUCAAAGCGACGCGGUAGCCAGGCGAGUCAGAUGACGAUAGCGACAAUCUCGUCGACCAAGUCCCGAAUGAGCGCCGUAGAGGAUGCAGACGAAGAAGAGGACGACGACAUUGAGAACAUUCCUCGGUCGCACAUGCCGUACUCUCAAGAAAGCAUGUCGGAAAUGUCAGACAGCAUGAUUUCGAACAGCGACGCGCCCCAGCACCUGAUGAAGAAGCGGAAUCUCGGUCCGGUCCUGACGCUGAACGUGCAGAUGAGUCUCUGCGAAACCAACCUCGCUGCGUUCCUCUCAUCCGAGCAAGCUGGAAUCGCCAGCCAACAUUGCUUCCACGCCUGCGUAUCGCUGGAGCUGCUCAACAACAUUGUCUCAGGGGUGGAAUACCUUCACAGUCAAGGUGUUGUCCACCGCGAUCUCAAGCCCGCCAACGUAUUUCUCUCACUGUCUACGGCUCGCCAUGCGCCCUACGGGUCCAUCGAUAUGUCGAGCUGUAAGCAGUGCCCCGAGCGUGAGCACCUCCACAUGACACCCCGGAUCGGCGACUUUGGGCUGGUAGCAGCGCUGAGCGACAAGUGCACGAUGCCUGAAACGCUUGCCAAGCCGGUGGGCACGGAAUUCUAUCGCCCUGCCGCGAGCAGCAUGAGCAGCAUCAACGAGAAGCUCGACAUCUUUGCUCUGGGCGUCGUCGCCUUUGAAAUGCUGCACAAAUUCAGCACCCGCAUGGAGCGAAUCGCUGCCCUCACCGAGUUGCGCCGAGGCUUUUUCCCCCAUUGUUUCGCACAGAGUCAUGGCGACGCCGGCCUCGACAUUCAGCUAUUCAUCUCCAGCAUGAUGCACCAUGACGACCAACAGCGUUUGAGCUGCGAGCAGGUCAAGCACGAGAUUAAUAACCUGGUGCGCCGCCUCAAGGCAUAA